CUGCUCUCAGCGUGAGCAGGGGCGUGUCCUGUCAGCGGAGCCUCUCUGUGCUCCCGCAGUGGAGGGGGAAGCAGACUGGGCGUGCGCCGUAACACCCAAAUACACAACAGCAGGUACCAAAAGUGGGACUCCCGGUGGGACUUUGUCGCCCAGGAUCAGCGCCACCUGUGAGCCACCCUUAGCGCUUACUCACACCACCCCACACUCAGGAUGGCGGGAGAAAGUGUGCCAGAAGGUCUGGACCUGAAGGAGAAGGGCGAGGAAGAACUGUGGGAACUCAUUAAUGACAACCGCCAUCGGAUCUCCUUGGGAGUACGGCCGUGCAUUGUGAUCCCGUACCUCAGACAAGCCAGGGUCCUCACCGAGAUGGACGAGGAUGAGAUUUUGUCCUCCCACAACCUUACCAACCGCUCCAUGAGAACAAGCCACAUGAUGGACAUACUUCGAACGCAGGGUAGAAACGGUGCUGUGGCUUUACUGGAAAGCCUGAUGAUCCACUACCCGACCCUGUACACUCAAGUCACUGGAUGCAAACCCAGCUCUGAACCGUCAAGAUUCAGUGGCCUGAUAAAGUAUUCAGAACUGACCGAGUACCUUAUCCGAGCAGUCACUGCGAUGCAGAAUGAGCUUCAGGAAGCUCGUAGCGAAAAUGGAAAAAUGAACGCUCGCUGCGCCUCCCUGGAGUCUGAGAUCCAGCUGGUUGUGGAGCGCGAGGAGAACUCCAGACGCCUGCAGGCUGAGUAUGAGCGCCUACAGAGACACGUGAGCACGCUGCAACGGGAAGUCACCAACCUCAAGGACGAGAAGUGCGACUUGUACAUGCGCUACACUGCAGCCAUCGAGGAGAAAUCGGCCAUGAAUAUUCGCCUCCAUGACCUCAACCUGCAGACAUAUCAGCUUCAAACAGAACUGCAAAAGGCCCAGACGGAAAACGUCUUCCAAAAACGGCGCUCUCUUAGAUGUGUCCCUCUGGCUGAAACCUCCCAACUUCAACAAGAAGUGAGGACUCUACGCUUUCAGCUGACACAGAUAGAAAAACUAAACCCGGUUCAACAGGCCAUUCUGCCCCAUGACGUGAUUGACAGCCAGGCGGAGCUUGGGGAGAAGCUCAGGUGUUCCAGAGAAGAGAAUGAAAAGUUGCACAAAGAAAAACAAGAUCUUCUGGAUCAGAGUGAAAGUCUGACCGUCCAAGUGCAUCAGCUGACCCUGGACUGUAACAUGCACCAAAAGAAGAGCACUGUGAUCCAGAACCAGAUGAGAGAGUUGCAAACCGAAAGAGACCAAGCAUUCCUCUCCAGAAACGAAGCACAGAUCCAGAUAGCCUCCAUUCUGGCUGAGAAGGACACCCUGAGGUCUCAGAUAAUGGAGCUCAAGAAAGCUUUUAGUUUGCAAGACAAAGACCGGCAGAGCUCUGAUGUGAGAGGAAUUGCCUGUAAGUGUGACGACUCCCCGAUCCCGAACAGACGCAAGCUUUGUCGCAUGGACGCAGUCAAUCCUUCAUCGCAAAAUUGCUUUUACUCAAAGUGUGACAAUUCAAUGGCCAGUAGUGAAGAACCUCCAAGUCCUCAGUCUCUACACAUAAGAAAGGGAGCUCUUCAUGAAGAAAACAGCCUGGAAACAGUGGAGACUGAUGAUUUGUCAUUGGACGACUUUGUGAUCCUCCGCAAUGUGUUGAAUGAAGGCAAAGAGACAUCGACACAAUUUGUACCUGGAAGAACCAAAUCCAUAUACAGCCUGGAUAAGAAUUCUGUACCACCGUUCCUUGUCCGUUCCCGUCCAAAAGCAAUUCGCAUCAGUGGCCGAGUGGUCACCAUUUCCUUCAAGGGAGAUGCACUGCCAAGUCAGAUUGUGGUGGCAGGAGGCAAUAAGACCGGAGUGUUUGUGCAUCAAGUCACAGAAGGGAGUGCUGCACAUACUGCGGGUGUCAGCCAUGGAGCACAAAUAGUGGAGGUGAAAUACCAACAGAACCAGAAAGCUAUAAGGGUGGUCCUGGAAGAUUCCACUUUAGAAGAAGCUAUGUGGGCUCUGGGCCAGGUCACUGACUUCUGCCACCUAUCUCUGCGGCCCAGACAAGAUGACUACGAAGCUUUGCUGCAACAAUUGCAAAACGAUAAAAUGUCAUCAGGCGACUCCUUCUACGUGCGCGUCAACGUGACCAUCCCAGCAGGUCCAAAAGGGACCAUGGCUGUUUCCUGCAAUGACAUUCUGCAUGUGACCAACACACGCCCUGCCAACACUGAUGACUCAUGGUAUGCGAGUCAAGUUGACGCCUACAAGCUUCUGGCACACCAGAGUAGACUUGUACCCAACUACUACAGAGCGCAGCGACUGCUUAUACGGGCUAUUGAAGAAAUGAACUUUCAAACCCGGAAGUCUGAGAAGGAAGGACAUGUUGUGGCCCAGAAUACACGGAAAGCAGUGAGAAUCGUAAGCACGUGUCAGCAGGGCCGAAACCCUUUGUGGGUCAGCGUGGAAAAUGAAAAGAGCAAAAGCACGGAAUCGGGUGAAACAUCGGCACCUAGAAGUUGCAUGACCCUCAUGCCCUAUACAUUGGUCACCCCCCACUUCCCUCCCAUAUGCAGACCAGUCCUGUUACUGCCCUCUAUUCUGGGACGCAUCCUGGAAAAUAAGGUUGCAAGUUGGCAAGGCUUUGAGCUCUGUGAACCAGGAAGCCUGCUCACAGCUGUAGGCAUCAUGUUUUGCUUUGGGCAUUUCUCUGCUAAACUAACUUACCUGUCUGCUCCAUUGCUGUGUUGUGCAGUGCACAACUCACGACUUUCCGUGUUUUGUGCUUACUCAGCUCAACCAUCAAGUUGCAACUCAGAGAUGUUGAGCCCGAGUGAUCACUCAGGGCGACUGAAUAAAUCCCAGGUUCUGGAGGAGUGUGGGCAGGGAAGCAACUGCUGUUAUACCCUGCAGAGUGUGGAGAAAGUCAUGAAGAAGGGUAUUCACUGUGUACUCCCACUUGGUCUGGACUGUGUACGUCGUCUGCACAGGGCUGAGAUAUUCCCUAUUAUAAUCUUCUUUUGUCAGUCUGCAAGCAGUGCACGUAAACUCAGGUCUAAGCUUCACCGGCACAGCCUGUCGGAGGAGCAGCUGCUGGUGUGUUCAAAGAGCGAAGAGCCGCUGUUGGACAAACUUCCAUGUUUGUAUCACAAAGUGGCCCCUGACUUGUGGUGUGACCAGAAUUCACUGCUGACCAAGUUACGAAGUGUCCUCUCGGUAGAGCAGAGGAAGAUUGUAUGGGUGGAGCCUGACCUGUGGUAACAAGGAUUUAUUCAAUUAUGUUUAUGCUUACUAUUACCAAUAGUUGUAAACAUGAGUAUGUAUCUAUGAUACUUAAAAAAAUAACAUUGUGAAACAGAAACACAAUGUGAUUUAAUGUAAUUUGUAAUAACUAUACAUGUGCUCACAGUAUUUUGCUGACAUCUGCACAAUCUGAUGAGAUCCAAUUAA